UCCCCGCCUGGCCCGCCGGCGCGCCGGGCUGCUUCCGCGGGCGCGCAGCGCGGGGCCAUGCCGGCGGGGCCGCCGCCGCUGCUGCCGGGCGCCUUUCUCCUCCUCAUCUUUCUCCUUCUCCUGCUCUUCCUCGGCGCCCCGGCCCGGGGAGCCGUCUACACCAACCAUUUCUUGGUGGAGCUGCACGGCGGGGACCAGGCGGAGGCCGAGCGGGUGGCGGCGGAGCAUGGCUUCGGCGGGGUGCGGAAGCUCCCCUUUUUAGACACAGGAUACUACUUUUAUCACAAUGGCAUUGCCAAGGCCAGGAGAAGACGCAGUCUUCAACACAAGCGUCACCUGGAAAAAGAUUCCAGGGUAAAGAAAGCUGUGCAACAGGAAGGCUUCAGCAGAAGGAAGCGAGGAUAUAGAGACAUCAAUGACAUUGACAUCAAUAUGAAUGAUCCUUUAUUUACAAAGCAAUGGUACCUGAUUAACACUGGUCAAGCAGAUGGGACUCCUGGACUUGACCUUAAUGUAGCUGAAGCAUGGGAGCUGGGAUACACAGGGAAGGGAGUUACAAUAGGAAUUAUGGAUGAUGGAAUUGAUUAUCUGCAUCCCGACCUUGCAUCAAAUUACAAUGCCAAAGCCAGCUAUGACUUCAGCAGUAAUGAUCCUUACCCCUAUCCCCGCUACACAGAUGACUGGUUUAACAGCCACGGGACGAGGUGUGCAGGAGAGGUGUCUGCUGCUGCCAACAACAACAUCUGCGGCGUGGGAGUUGCCUACAACUCUAAGGUGGCAGGUAUUCGAAUGCUUGACCAGCCUUUUAUGACAGACAUUAUUGAGGCUUCCUCUAUCAGUCAUAUGCCUCAAGUCAUAGAUAUAUACAGUGCCAGCUGGGGACCAACUGAUAAUGGGAAGACUGUGGAUGGACCUAGAGAGCUGACACUGCAAGCGAUGGCAGAUGGUGUGAACAAGGGCCGAGGUGGCAAAGGAAGCAUCUAUGUCUGGGCCUCUGGAGAUGGGGGCAGCUACGAUGACUGUAACUGUGAUGGGUACGCAUCGAGCAUGUGGACAAUCUCCAUCAAUUCUGCCAUAAAUGAUGGGCGGACAGCUCUGUAUGAUGAAAGCUGCUCUUCAACCCUAGCCUCCACCUUUAGUAAUGGGAGGAAGAGAAAUCCAGAGGCUGGUGUGGCUACGACGGAUUUAUACGGCAACUGCACGCUGCGUCACUCAGGAACAUCUGCAGCUGCUCCUGAAGCAGCCGGAGUGUUCGCCUUGGCCCUGGAGGCUAACUUGGAUCUGACCUGGAGAGAUAUGCAGCAUCUGACAGUGCUCACUUCCAAGAGGAACCAGCUUCACGAUGAGGUUCAUCAAUGGCGUAGAAAUGGUGUUGGACUGGAAUUCAACCAUUUGUUUGGCUAUGGUGUUCUAGAUGCAGGAGCAAUGGUUAAGAUGGCUAAAGACUGGAAGACUGUUCCCGAGAGAUUCCAUUGUGUUGGAGGGUCAAUACAGGAACCUGAAAAGAUACCACCAAGUGGCAAGCUGGUCCUCACACUUACCACUGAUGCUUGUGAGGGGAAGGAAAACUUUGUCCGAUACCUUGAACACGUCCAAGCAGUUAUAACUGUGAAUUCCACCAGGCGAGGAGACCUCAACAUCAACAUGACCUCACCAAUGGGAACCAAGUCCAUUUUACUGAGCAGACGUCCCCGGGAUGACGACUCCAAGGUGGGUUUUGACAAAUGGCCAUUCAUGACCACACACACUUGGGGAGAAGACCCCCGAGGCACCUGGGCUCUAGAGAUUGGGUUUGUUGGCAGCCUACCCCAGCGGGGCGUCCUGAAGGAGUGGACACUGAUGCUUCAUGGGACUCAGAGUGCACCAUAUAUAGACCAAAUAGUAAAAGAUUAUCAGUCCAAACUGGCCAUGUCCAAGAAGGAAGAGCUGGAAGAAGAACUAGAUGAAGCAGUGGAGAGAAGCCUCAAAAGUAUACUGAGCAAGAACUAGUGCUGUUCUGCAUGAUGGUGUCUUUCCUUCCCCAGAUCCCUCUACUCACCUUUCUACUAUCCAAACCUCUGUGUUAGACACAUUACAAUGAUUGUCUCUGUAGCCAAAUUAUCACCCUUUCUUGAUUUUGAAGUCUUAUAUCUCAUUAAUAAUUAAUUACCACUGAAGCAAUCAUUUUUUUACUCUAAAUCACAAAUAUACUGCUCCCUGCUGAAUACUAUGUACAGUUUGUGACUGUAAAUGAUUGAUUUUUCUUUCGCGUCAUACAAGUAGGUAAUAACCUCCAAACAAAUUGAUGGCUUUUCCCUUCAUAUUUUUGUGGUAAAUGUUGUUUGUAUUAAAACAAGAGUGAAUUUUAACAUUGAAAGCUGGUGAUAAUGGGCAUAUUUUUAAAAAUUAUUGUGAGAGAGGGAAUCACAAAGAGGUUGAUUAGAGAGAUCUUUGAACAUCCAACAUCUCCUUUUGCAUCAUUGACUUCAGUGGGACUUUGCCCAUUGUGUUCAACCAAAGUCGCACUAGACCCUACAAAAAAAAGUAAAUAAAUUCAAGAGAUGAAAAUUUACCAAUCCAAUUUGCAGAAAUCAAAUUCUUUUGAGAGUUUUCUUUAAUAUGUAUACUUAUACAACAUACAUGCUAACACUUCAGCCACAGAAUGGCUCCAUAGGCAUGCAAUAAGGAAAGCAAAGCAAUGCCAAAGCUGGGUGACAAGGGGAAGUGCAUUUGCAAACAGGGUCAGGGCAUUCUAGAAGCACAAGUUUCAGGUUCUUGUUUUGUUUUUUGUUUUUUUAAAAAAACACAAAACAUUUUGCCUAUUUAAAUUAAUAUAUGAUCUUACAGCAGAAUGAGCAUAAAUGUAGGAUCUCUGGCAACCUGUGUGCAAAAGUCUAUCUGCUUGUCUCUAUGGAGAGAUGUACUGCAGCCAUGUAAGGAGAGGCUAUGUCAGCAUUUCCAGCCAUGGACUCCUGUUUUCUGGGGUUUACAGCCUGGCUGUCAGUAAAAUGCUGUGGGAGAAAUUCAAAGUACUACACCAUUUCAGUCCCAAAGGAAUUUUUAAAUUCAAAUUCCAUUUUUUAAAAUAGAGAUUUGUUAUUUUUAUGUUAUACAAAUAUAUCUAAGGAGAAAAAUAUGCUUAAGUUAUUAAUGUGUAAUGCAAAGUUGGUCUUCUUGGGAAAUAAAAUGUAGUGUGUUUGGGAAGAUUUGUUGGUAAUCGUUGCUCUUUGCUGUGUAAGGAGUCAGUCCCACCUUCACUAUUCAUACGUGAGUCAAGUCAGUCUUUCUUGC